AUGGGCCUUUCCCCAAUUGAGCAGCUACCCGUCGAGCUCCUGCAGCACAUAUUCAUUGAAUCAGGCUGCAGCCUUACGCUGCUGCAAACAGCUCCAUAUAUUGCGACACGACUCUCGUCCGAAUACAUCUACAACUGCACUUGCGACUACUAUCUGACUGAGGUGCAUGGCGAGCAUGGCAAGCAGUCCGCCGCGCAGACCUACAUCUUUGCUUCCAAGUGGAUGACAUGGGACUUCUUCAAGUCAUGGUGUCUGCGGCGGUUCGGUCCUCAAGGUUGCUUGUGUGAUCGCAAACCAGAGGAGGGCUGCUUCGAUGCACAGUGGCCCCCAAACUUCUAUGAUGCGACGACAAUGGUCUUUUCACGAAGCCAUUUGCCGCGUCUUGCUUUUGUCAAAGGCCGGCUACCAAGAAAAUUGCUGCAAGGCCCAUGGUCUCAGGACAAGAUCGAGUUUCUGCGAUUCUUGUUAUGGACUACAAGCAUGAACGUUGAUUGGUGUAACCCCGAGAUGGCCCAAUUAGCCGUCCAAGGCAGGCUCCAGGCGAUCAAGGAACGGAAUCUGGAGGCAGUAGAGCUGUUUAAUAACAAUCGGCGACUAGGUAAACCACCCAGCUUGCAAACAGUGCAUUUUGCUGUCGUAGAAGCUGGUUGCGAUCGCUCCAUCGUGUACGAUACGUUGGAGGGAGCGAAUAUGUGGAAUCGUAGUACUGAUUCCCAUUAUGCUGAAGCAUUGCACAAAUGGUGUGACGAGCAAGUAGCGGCUGGUAGUCGGAAAGGCUUGUGGUUGCGAAAAAAGUUGGAAGAGUCCCUGGUUCUUAGAAAAGGGGACAUCGCAAAUAAAUACGACCCAGGGAAGACGUAUCCGCGAAAGUCAUGUCUGACUACUGAGACUGAGGACUAUGAUGGUGGGCCAGAUGAUCAGCUAGUCGUCAAUGAACUCGAGUGGAAUAAGUCCUAUAUUCUAUUUGGCUGGUUCAGAGUUUCACCAUUCCGAAGCACGGGGAUUCACGGUGUCACAAGAUCUGAUCUCGGAGAUUACUGGGUGCAUAUCUAUGGUCAGCGCCGCAUAUGUAGGGGAAGCUACAGACCCACACCCACGGAUGGACACAAUUUCUGGCUGGAUAUGUGGGUCACGCAGACCAAGCAGCAGACACAUCCGCGGGGCGAGUGA